AUGGAUAACCAGUUUCGAAACGUGAAGACCCAUACUAGGCUCCUGAGCAAAGCUACUUGGUAUGAGUGGCGUAUGAAGCUUCUGGAGGGCCUGAAGGACGGGUUGGAUCGCCAUAUGGAGGAAAUGAAAGGAGAUGACAACUUGUUAUCGAAACACGAAGCACUUCUGAACGAUGCCGUCCCCGCGCUUGCCGCGAAGCAUUCUUCUUUGAGGGAAGAGGCUACACGCCUGCAGCAGUUGGCGGAUGAGCUGGAGAACUGUGAUCAGGGGGAACUUCAGAGUGCGCGAAGCAGGUUGUCCAGCAUAGAAGACGAGAUUGCCGCGAAGAAGAAGAUGCUUGAGGAACUGCAAUCUGAGGUUCAAGACAAGACGGACACGAUCGAGACGGGAAUAGAGCUGAAAGCAGAAUUGACCGCUCAGAUUCAGGAAGCGGAGAGGGUCAAGGAAGAGUGCAGGGGAUGGAGCGCCAAGGAGAUCCGCGAACUGAAAGAUUCUGUCUACCGGAUUGAACAAUCGACUGGCUGGUCGAUCAGUUCCGCAUCUCCAUCAGAAUCAGCUGCAGGCCCGGUGCUGACCAUGUCUUACCGGCAUCAACUCGAGCUGAAAUUCCAUCCAGGGUCGUUUUACAUCAAAAGCGACAAGAAGGAAUCUUUGCCUGACACGAAACCUGACACACCGAUCGAGUUGACCUAUCCCUCCGAGAAAAGAGCGAAUCCGGCCGAGCGAACACCUCAGCUGUCGCCCAUUUCGUUGCUUAUCCUGAAGUCCCUGCAUAUGCACGUCUCCAAGAUCGAACAGCCAAAAGUCACGCCAAACCAGCUUUUGCGUUUCGUGUCAGAGGCCUGGGAUCUGGCAUCGAAUCUGGAGGAAGAAGCUCGCAUGCUGGAAUUCCACGGCGUGACCAAGCUCCGACUCUCCGACGCUGAAGACAAACCCACUCUAAGAGCAAGAUGUACUUUGCUUGGAACCUCCGCGUCGAAGACACCUCAUCCCUCAGGCAAAAGCAGAAUCGAUGUCGACUUUGCCGUGUCAACCCGUAUUCUCGAGAAGAAAGAGGAGAGCGAAAUUGGAGUCCUGGACAUCCAGACCACAGUGCUCGCCAGUAAAGUCUACGGCUUCGGAACCGACAGCGGCACAGGUCUGUCUGAGAAGGAGAUGCAGAGUAUCCUUAACAAACAACUCAAGGGGCGCGAAACUAAGUUCGGCAACGGUGUCUGGAGCAAGGCGGUUCAGAUGCUCUCUGGCACAGUGUUUUGA